ACCACUACAAACAAACCAAAUCACUCUCACCUACAGCCUCUCUUGACACUCCCAUAGUCCCAUCUCCCUCUUCUUCAACUUGGACGUUUAUAGUAACCCCACAUAUCAUCAACCAUCAUCUCUCAUCACCUUCCCUCCCUCCCUCCUCUCUCAAAGACCACAAUCUCUCUGUCUCUACACUUUCAAAAUUCACCGCGUUCUCGCUUCUCGCUUCUACUUAGAGUACUUGCAUCACACCUGCCUCUGCAUCUCUCUCUUUCUUUCUUGCACAUAUACACAUAUCCCAUGUUGUAAUAGACUCUUUCUUUCCUGCACAUGUACACACAUCCCAUGUUGUAAUAGACUCACAAUCUUCUCUUCUCUUCUCUUUUGUCUGUCUCCAAGACUUGCGCAAAGAACAUGGCCUAUCACCAUAACUUGUCAUCACAAGACCUCCCUCUUCACCACUUCACAGACCAACAAGCAACAGAGAACCACACAGCACCACCGAAUUGGCUGAACACUGCCCUCCUCCGCUCUCAACAACCACCACAGCAACAAACUCACCACCACUUCACUGAUAACAACAACACAAACAAUUUCUUAAACCUCCACACCGCCACCACUACCGCCACCGCCACCACUUCUGACUCAAACUCUCAUAACCCAGUUCAAUGGCUCUCCCGGUCCUCCUCCUCCCUCCUAAACCGCAACCACAGUGACGUCAUCGACGACGUCGCCGCCGGCGGGGACCACGCCAUCAUAACUAGUAUAUCGCAAGAAUCGUCGGAAUUGAAGAAUAUGAAUAAGGGUGAAGGUGAAGCCAUGGAUAGUGGUGGAGGAGAGUCGGUGGUGAAUUGGCAAAAUGCAAGGUAUAAAGCGGACAUAUUGACGCAUCCGUUGUACGAUCAAUUGCUGUCGGCACACGUGGCGUGUUUAAGGAUUGCCACGCCAGUUGAUCAGUUGCCGAGGAUUGAUGCACAGUUGGCUCAGUCACAGCAAGUAGUAACUAAGUACUCUGCUCUUGGAAGUCACCAAGGAUUGGUUCCUGAUGAUAAAGAGCUUGAUCAGUUUAUGACACAUUAUUUUCUUUUGCUCUGUUCCUUCAAAGAACAAUUGCAACAACAUGUUCGAGUUCAUGCAAUGGAAGCAGUGAUGGCGUGCUGGGAGAUAGAGCAAUCCCUACAGAGUUUAACGGGAGUUUCUCCAGGUGAAGGUACAGGCGCAACAAUGUCCGAUGACGAUGAAGACCAAGUUGACAGUGAUGCCAAUUUGUUCGUUGGAAGUUUGGAGGGUGCAGAUACACUGGGGUUUGGUCCCUUGGUCCCUACAGAGAGUGAGAGAUCUUUGAUGGAGCGUGUGAGACAAGAAUUGAAGCAUGAAUUAAAACAGGGUUACAAAGAAAAAAUUGUUGACAUUAGAGAGGAAAUUCUGCGAAAGAGAAGAGCAGGAAAGCUUCCUGGGGACACAACCUCAGUCUUAAAAGCUUGGUGGCAAUCACAUUCCAAGUGGCCAUAUCCUACCGAGGAAGACAAGGCAAGAUUGGUGCAGGAAACGGGCUUGCAAUUAAAGCAGAUAAAUAAUUGGUUCAUCAAUCAAAGGAAGAGGAACUGGCACAGUAAUCCUUCAACCUCAACAGUCUUGAAAAGCAAACGCAAAAGAAGUAAUGCAGGUGAUAACAAUGGUGAUCGAUUUGUGUAAAUUCCGAUAUAUAUGAUCUUCGUUCAAGUUUCCACUCUAGCAAGUAUAUUGAACAUACUACUACAUAGCAAUGGAACUGCAAAGGGUUUGACGAUGGUCCCCACAGAUAUAUAUAUGACCAUAGUUUGCUUCUAGAGGAAAGAAAGACUAACAUAGACGAUGAUCGUGGGUUGUCAAGGGCAUGCAGAUGGUAGAAUGAAUGCAAUACAGUCUUAUUCAGAGUUUCAAAUUAGUUACGAAUUCUAUUAGCAAAAAUAGCAGUGUGCAUUAGCAUGUUUUAUGAAUUUUUGUCUACUUCUCUCUAUAUAUGAAUAAUAAUGGCGAGGGGUGAUGGAUGUACAGUGAAAUAA